AUGAGCGAGGUCCAGCUCAUCGUGGAGAAGCUCAACAAAGAGCCGUUCAACCAUAACUUCACAUUGGUUGCGUUUGAUGAGAAAUCCAACUUUGAGCUCCUGCAAGUGCUCAAUGAAGUGUUUGCCGAGAUGGAUUCGCGACACAAAAUCGACAUCCGCGACGAACUGGACGAACAGCGCACGUACCGGUACAUGGAGACGCUCCAGUUGCUCAAGUACCAGCUGCCACCCGACAUUGAGUCGUUCCGGGAAGGACUCACGCAUGGCGAGCGCUACGUCGUGUACCCCAUCCUGUACUGGGCGCUGAAAAACUUUAGCGCGCACAAGAAGAGGGCGUAUCUCGGUCGCUUUCUCGCGCCUUUGCAGGUUCCCCAAGAGUUUCUCGGCAACGACUCGCUGAACACGAUGCAUGAGCACUACAAAGCUCUACAGAACGAAUUCAAAGUGUCGCACAAACAAGUGGAGCAGCUCCGCACGAGCAAGAUCAGGCCGGGGGAGUUGCGCAAGGAGAUUACGCAGCUCGAGGAGGAAUCGCAUCAGCUAAGCGAGAAGAUCAUGCACCUGAAGAAGAAGACCGCGAACGAGUCGGGCUUCAAGGAUAUAUUGGAAGCGACUAGUUCUCUGCGAAAGGAACAAGAGGAACAGGCGAAGCUGUCUGAGCGCAAGCGUGAUCAAAUGAUGGGGCUCAACAUAGCGGAGAAGCGAAGUCGCGAGUACGAGCACCGGUUGAAUGAGAUGCGCGCUGCCAUCAACACCGACAUGCAGCCGGAUCAGCUCUUCGAUCAACUCCAGACACAAGUCGACCGCCACCGCGAUAUCCUCGUCAACAAGUUCCCCGCCGAGUUUCGCAUCCAGCAAGAGAAGCUGCACCAUCUUGAAGCCGCACUCAACGAACCCGCCAAGUCUGAAAGCGAUAUUGCCGACAUGGAGGAUGAAAUUCAAAACCUCAAGGCGACGAUCCAGAACUUGACUGAACAACUGAACGAGGCACAACGUGCUGCCGGGGACGACAAGCUCGCGAUCUUUCGGCAGCAUGCAAACCUUCAAACCAAAAAACUCAACGACAAGUUGGACGAGCUGGCUGCGGCAAAACAAGAGAAACAGACUUUGCAGCGUCAGCUGGAAGAGCAGGAGGCCAAGAUAGCAGAGGUGUCCGGGCCCAAGUUCAUGAAGCGCGAAGAGUUCAAGCAGUACGCCAACACACUCCGCAACAAGACGAACCAGUACAAGAAAAUGAAGGCUGAGUUGGCCGAAAUUACGGCUGAGAGCGUUGUGUUACAUCGCACGGAGCAAGUGCUCAAGUCGCGCGACACGGACUUGGACGGGCUUCUCAAGGAGAUUGAAGCAUCGAAGGGUGUCGUCGGGUACAUGGAUACGCAGGGAAAGUUAAACGAGAUCUCCGAGCGCAACGCGCAAGUGAAUGCAUUCAAGGGGGAAACACUCGAGGAGAUAUCGCGCAUCGUGACCGACAUCAACCAAACGCUGAAAGAGCGAAAGAAUCAACUCGCGCCGCAGAUCAAGGACUUGCGUGCAGUGCGCCAAAAGUACCAAGAGAUGGAGCAAACGUACUUGGAGAAGAAGGCUCAGUACGACAAUACGGCAGUCGGUCUCGAAACGGAGCGCAUCAAGCUUGAGCAAGAGUGCACGGCGUUUCAAGAUGAUUGCCUGCGUGAAGAGAGUCAAUACCACUUUCUCAACUGCCAAAUCCAAAUUGAAAACGCCAAACUUGACAAAGUCACGCAAGAGGAAGAGUUCGAGAAAGGCAAUGGCAAGUUGCUCCGUGACUUCCGCACGUUUCAAGAGCUGUACAAGAAUAAAGUGAACCAGCAAGAGUCACUGACCAAAGAGCUGCGCAAGCAGCAAAAGACGCUCAAGACGAACCUGGGCGACUACGUCGUUCAGCGCGGUCUCUUUGAUCAAUUGCUCAAGUUGCUUCAGUGCAAGAUCAAGCUGACGAAGUCCGAACAUGACAUCACGCUCAAGCAAGAUUUUGCGAACGCAGACAUUGCCCAAUUCGACGUCGGUGGCGCGGACGUCAUGACCAUCGAGUCGUAGCUCAUGCAUGUGCCGGAGGACUUCGAAACAUCUUACCCGUGUCUAGUAUUCAAAUGUAAAUCGAGUUCCCGCGCUUUC